AUGAUAGUACCAAAAACUAGAUCUAAGGUUACAGAAGAAAGUGACAAGAAACUGGAGAAUCAAUUACAAAACUACAUGGCAGAAACUAGUAAAAAGUUGGAGUCGAAUGACUCUAAAAUGGAUGAACUAAAUCAUAAAUUUGAUCUUCUGAUGGACAAGUUCUUCGCAGGCAAGGAUGGUAUUUUGGGUAGUGCUCCAACAGCUGCUCAUACAGUAGAGGGCUCUGGUAGUAGAGGUAGGAUGAUGGAGAAUCAUGAGGUUCCUGUGGGGCGAUCCUACUCGAACAAUUUCAACUCCAAAAUUGAUUGCCCUUACUUCGAAGAAGGAGAUCCAAAAGCUUGGCUGCGAAAAUGCGAAAGGUAUUUUCAUUACAAUCAUAUAAUCGAUCCACAACAUAAACUUGAUACUGCUGUGUUGCAUUUGAAUGGUAGAGCAGAAGAAUGGUAUUUUUCUUAUCAACUAAGUAGGGGUACUGUUAGAUGGGGUGAAUUUACAGAAGAAAUCUGUAAAAGAUUUAAUGAUGCUGAUAAUAGCAAUCUAAAUCUGCUAGGGAGGUUUAAAAGGGUAGAGCAAAAUGGAUCAGUCAAUGAAUAUUUAGAGAGGUUUGAAGAUUUGAAGGCAUGGGUGUUGAUCAAACAUCCAACCAUACCUGAAGAGUUCUUUCUAGGGUUUUUUAUAGAAGGGCUUAAAGAAGAGAUUAGGCAUACUGUUAAAAUGCUUGAUCCCUAUUCAUUAAGUCAUGCAGUAGAAAAAGCUAGACACAAGGAAGAAUUAAUGGAAUCAAUGAAUAAGAAGAAAGGAUAUGGAGGAAGACAGAACCUACAGCCAAGUACUUAUGUUAAUACUACAAUGAGCAAGCCUUCUAGCUAUGUACAGAAGGAGAAUAACCAACAGUCUUCAAUCUCAGGGACCAAACUCUUUGAAGCAAGAAAAGCUAGGGGAGAAUGCUAUAAGUGGACAAUAGAACAAGAUCAAUUAGAGAUAGAAGAUAAGAUAGAGGAAGAGAUAGUUCCUGUUGAGAAUUCAGAAGCUAUCAUAGAUGAGACAAUUAGUCUCAAUGCAUUAUCAGGGACUAUAACCUCUACAACUAUCAAACUGAAAGGAGUAUAUGGGAAGCAGGUCUUGAUGAUCCUAGCUGACAGUGGUAGCACUCACAGCUUCAUAGCUAGUAGCACUGCCAAACAGCUGGGAUGUGCAAUCCAGGAAGUUGUACAAAUGAGGGUAGCUGUGGCAAAUGGAGGGCAUCUAAUGAGUUACCACUCUUGCCCUCAAUUCAAGUGGAAAACUCAGGGCAUUGAAUUUGAGCACAAGUUGAGAGUACUGGAUAUUGGGGGCUGUGAUGUAGUCUUGGGGGUGGAUUGGAUGAUAAAACACAACCCCAUCCUGUUUGACUUUAUUGCAUACAAACUACAAGUGAGUGUGAAAGGGAAAAGGGUAGAAUUGAAGGGAUACUCUGAGGAAGGAAAGCUUCAGAGUAUGACAGCCACUGAGGUGAAGCAAUUGUUGAAGAAAGGACAUGUGUUAUGGGCACAUUUGUUUACUGUUAAUGUACAGACCACAGAAUCACCAAGUAGCAUACCUGACAAGAUUCAGGAUAUUAUAGCUGAGUUCCCAAGAGUGUUUGCUGAACCAAAGUGCCUGCCACCAAGGAGAAACCAUGAUCAUCAGAUUCCACUCAAACCUGAAGCAGUACCUAUAACUAUCAGACCAUACAGGUACAAUUAUUUUCAGAAGAAUGAGAUAGAAAAGCAGGUUAAUGAAAUGCUUAAUAAUGGAAUUAUACAACCCAGCCACUCCCCAUUCUCUUCCCCUGUAUUGUUAGUUAAGAAAAAAGAUGGAAGUUGGAGGUUUUGCAUUGAUUAUAGAGAAUUAAACAAAAUGACCAUUAAGGACAAGUUCCCAAUUCCCUUAGUAGAUGACCUUAUGGAUGAGCUUAAUGGUUCUUGCAUUUAUUCAAAAAUUGACUUGAGGGCUAGUUAUCACCAAAUAAGAAUGAAGGAAGGGGACGUCUACAAGACUGCCUUUAGAACACAUCUAGGUCACUACGAAUUUAGGGUCAUGCUCUUUGGCUUGACCAAUGCCCCAGCCACUUUCCAAAGCCUCAUGAAUCAAGUGUUUAAACCCUUCUUGAGGAAGUUUGUAUUGGUGUUUUUUGAUGAUAUAUUAGUCUACAGUUCUUCAAUGGAUGCUCAUGUACUACAUCUCAGAAAAGUACUGGAGAUUAUACAGAAAGAACAACUUUAUGCAAAGAUGUCUAAAUGUGCUUUUGGACAGGAUAAGGUGGAAUACUUGGGACAUAUUAUUUCAGGUGAAGGGGUUUCUACCGACCCUGCUAAAAUUGAAGCAAUGGUAAAUUGGCCUGUACCUAAAUCUGUGAAGGCCUUAAGGGGAUUCCUUGGGCUGACUGGAUACUAUAGGAGAUUUGUCAAAUCUUAUGGAAUUAUUAGCAAACCAUUAACUAAUCUGCUUAAGAAGAAUGCCUUUCAGUGGAAUGAAGAAGCUGAAUCAGCCUUUCAGCAAUUAAAAACAGCUAUGUCAACAGUACCAGUGCUUGAUUUGGCUGAUUUCACCAAGCCCUUUGUGGUAGAAACUGAUGCAUGUGCUACUGGAAUGGGUGAUGUACUGAUGCAAGGAGGUAGACCUAUAGCCUUUUUUAGCAAAGCAUUAGCACUCAAACACAGGGGAUUGUCUACUUAUGAAAAAGAGUAUAUGGCAGUUCUUUCAGCUGUAGAUAGGUGGAGACAUUACUUACAAGGAGGGCACUUUGUUGUUAAGACUAAUCACCAAAGUUUGAAAUACCUAUUAGAGCAAAAGAUAACUACAGCCUUACAACAAAAAGGGCUAACCAAGCUCAUGGGCCUUGACUAUGAGGUUCAAUACAAAAAGGGAAGUGAGAAUAGGGUAGCAGAUGCUCUCUCAAGGAGACAAGAAGAGGAAUCUACUCUAUAUCCAGCCUACAGGCCAAUUGGUUGCAGGACAUUGUGGAUAGUUAUGAAGGAGAUCCUACAGCAUUGCAACUACUGA